GAAGGCCCGCGGCCCGGGACGCCGCCACCGCCAACGCCACCGUCACCGGGACAUGGUUUGGGCCUAGCGGAGCCGGGAUAGGAGGGCACCAAAAUUCCUGGAUCUUUUCCCCCACAAACUGUGUCCCUCAGAUUCAACACAAGAGGGAAUGCGGCUGGGAAAGACAAAGGAAUCUAGAACAACAGCAAAGCUGAGGUCAAACUGCCAUACAGGAUGGACACCAAGGAAGCUGUGUUGGGAACAAAAAGAAAUCAAAAUAAGCAACAUGAACCGUGAAGACCGGAAUGUGCUUCGUAUGAAAGAAAGGGAAAGGCGAAAUCAGGAAAUUCAUCAGGGUGAAGAAGCCUUCCCACCUAACUCUCCUCUCUUUGCUGAACCAUACAAAGUUACUAGCAAAGAAGACAAAUUAUCUAGUCGUAUUCAGAGCAUGCUUGGAAACUACGAUGACUCCUACGAAAUGAAGGAUUUUAUAGGAGAUAGAUCUCUACAAAAGCUUGUUGCAAUUCCCAAACCUACCAUACCAUCAACAACAGAUGAAAAACCAAAUCCAAGUUUCUUUAGUGAACACAGACAUGGUAGCUCUCAUCAGAGCAGCAAAUGGACUCCUGUAGGACCAGCACCUAGCACUUCUUCCCAGUCGCAGAAACGGUCUUCAGGUUUACAGAGUGGACACAGUAGCCAACGGACCAGUGGAAGUGGCAGUAACAGCACUAGUAGUGUUGGUCAGAGGCAUGACCGUGAAUCAUACAGUAGUAGUGGCGGCAGCAGUGGUGGUAGCCGUAAAAAAAGCCAGCAUGGAUCAGAACACUCUAAAUCUCGUUCUUCCAGUCCUGGAAAACCACCUGCUGUUUCUUCAUUAAGCUCUAGUCAUUCCAGAGCUCAUGGGAAUGAUCACCACAGCAAGGAGCAGCGUUCUAAGUCACCACGGGACCCUGAUGCAAAUUGGGACUCGCCUUCUCGUGUUCCUUCAUUUUCAAGUGGACAGCACUCUAGCCAGUCUUUUCCACCUUCGUUGAUGUCAAAGUCAAACUCAAUGUUACAGAAACCUACUGCCUAUGUAAGGCCCAUGGAUGGACAGGAGUCCAUGGAACCAAAGCUAACCUCUGAGCACUACAGCAGCCAAUCCCAUAGCAACAGCAUGAGUGAGCUGAAGCCUAGUAGCAAAGCACAUCUAACCAAAUUGAAAAUACCUUCCCAACCAUUAGAUGCAUCUGCAUCUGGUGAUGUGAGCUGUGUGGAUGAAAUUCUUAAAGAGAUGACCCACUCAUGGCCGCCCCCCUUAACGGCAAUUCACACACCAUGCAAAACAGAACCUUCUAAAUUUCCUUUUCCAACUAAAGAAUCUCAGUCAAAUUUUGGCCCUGGAGAACAAAAAAGAUACAAUCCUUCAUCUAAAACUUCAAAUGGUCAUCAGUCCAAAUCUAUGUUAAAGGAUGAUUUAAAACUUAGCAGCAGUGAAGAUAGCGAUGGAGAACAGGAUUGUGAUAAAACUGUGCCAAGGAGUACACCGGGAAGUAAUUCUGAACCUUCACACCACAAUAGCGAAGGAGCAGAUAAUUCCAGGGAUGACUCCAGUAGCCAUAGUGGAUCUGAAAGCAGCUCUGGAUCUGACUCGGAGAGUGAAAGUAGUUCCAGUGAUAGUGAAGCCAAUGAGCCGUCACAGAGUGCAUCUCCUGAGCCUGAACCACCGCCAACAAAUAAAUGGCAGCUUGAUAAUUGGUUGAAUAAAGUGAAUCCACAUAAAGUGUCACCAGCUUCUUCUGUAGAUAGUAAUAUCCCAUCUUCUCAAGGCUAUAAAAAGGAAGGUCGGGAACAAGGACCAGGAAGUGGCUACGUUGAGCAGAAUGGACCUAAGGAGUCCAAUUCUUCUACUCCUGGACGUGAUUCCAAAACUAUUCAAAAAGGAUCAGAGAGUGGUCGUGGGAGACAAAAGUCCCCAGCCCAGAGUGAUAACACUACACAGCGAAGAACUGUAGGAAAAAAACAACCCAAAAAAACAGAGAAGGCAGGUGUAGAAGAGCCUCGAGGGGGCCUAAAAAUAGAAAGUGAAACCCCUGUAGACAUGACAACAAGUAUGCCCUCCAACAGACACAAGGCAGCCACAAAAGGCUCAAGAAAACCCAAUAUAAAGAAGGAGCCCAAAUCUUCCCCUAGAUCUACAACAGAAAAAAAGAAGUAUAAGUCAGCAAAUAAACCUUCACAAAAAUCUAGGGAAAUCAUAGAAACAGAUACUUCAUCGUCUGAUUCUGAUGAAAGUGAGGGCCUUUUCCCUUCUUCACAAACUCCUAAGUAUCCUGAGAGCAAUAGAACUCCUGUUAAACCCUCCUCAGUCGAGGAGGAGGACAGCUUUUUUCGGCAAAGAAUGUUCUCUCCUAUGGAAGAGAAGGAACUCCUUUCCCCACUUAGUGAUCCUGAUGACAGGUAUCCUCUUAUUGUGAAGAUUGACCUGAAUCUCUUGUCAAGAAUACCAGGGAAGCCUUAUAAAGAAAUGGAGCCCCCCAAGGUAGAAAAGAAAAAUGUGCCUGAAAAGCACACGAGAGAGCCCCAGAAACAAGUCUCAGAUAAAGGUUCCACCAAGGGGAAGAGGAAACAUAAGAAUGAUGAUGAUAACCGAGCCUCUGAGAGCAAGAAACCUAAGAUUGAGGAGAAGAGUUCAUCAGGCCAUAAGACGUCCAGCAGUAGAGACAACCCUGAGAGGUCAUCCAAACAGAGUGCUGUGAAAGAGAAAGAUCCAUUGCCGUCUCCUGCUGGGCCUAUUCCCCUAAAAGACCCAAAAACUGAGCAUGGAUCCAGGAAAAGAACAGUCAGCCAGUCAUCUUCCCUAAAAUCUACCAAUAGCAGCAACAAGGAGAGUAGUGGUAAAAAUAGUUCUUCCACUUCCAAGCAGAAAAAGACAGAAGGGAAAGUUUUUAGUGGUUCCAAAGAAGCCAAGGAGAAGGUUCCAAGUAGUUCUUCAAACUAUCCUCCAGCUACACAAAUUCCAGAUGGCUCUAAAACACGUAGAGCAAAGCUUGCUUUUGAUGACAGGAGUCAUUCAGCAGACCAUUAUUUACAAGAAGCUAAAAAGCUAAAGCACAAUGCGGAUGCAUUGUCUGAUAGGUUUGAGAAAGCUGUCUAUUAUCUUGAUGCUGUGGUAUCCUUCAUUGAAUGUGGGAAUGCUUUGGAGAAAAAUGCUCAGGAAUCCAAAUCUCCAUUCCUUAUGUAUUCAGAGACUGUGGAGCUAAUUAAGUACACUAUGAAGCUGAAGAAUUACUUGGCCCCAGAUGCUACAGCUGCAGAUAAAAGACUGGCAGUUCUUUGCCUUCGAUGCCAGUCCUUACUGUACCUGAGGUUAUUUAAGCUGAAGAAGGAGAAUGCUUUGAAAUACUCAAAAACAUUAACUGAACAUUUAAAGAAUUCCUAUAAUAAUUCUCAAGCUCCAUCACCUGGCAUGGGAAGCAAAGCUGUUGGGAUGCCUUCCCCAGUUUCUCCAAAGCUCUCUCCUGGCAAUUCAGGAAAUUAUACUUCAGGGGCAAGCAGCACUUCAGGGAGCAGUUCCUCAGUAACUAUUUCACAGAAAAUCCACCAGAUGGCAGCCAUCUACGUUCAGGUCACCUCCAACUUCCUUUAUGCCACUGAAAUCUGGGACCAAGCUGAACAGCUUUCUAAGGAGCAAAAAGAGUUCUUUGCUGAACUGGAUAAAGUUAUGGGCCCUCUCAUCUUUAAUUCAAGCAUCAUGACAGACCUAGUUCGUUACACCCGGCAGGGACUUCACUGGCUUCGUCUGGAUGCCAAGUUAAUAUCUUGAACUGAAGGAUUCUUACCAGAACAUAUUCUCGUUGCCUCUGAUUUUUCUCCACAACACUGUGUCAUAUCAAUAAGGAAGACUGCCAUAACACUGCUUAGUCAACACUAAGAGCAAGGAAUGCUUCUGCCUCACUGUCUCAUUGCCCCUGUCAUGUCUGGUGUGCCUUAAAUCUUACACUUGGAUGAAGACUUGAUGGACUGUUUACAGAUGAAGCGUCACAGGAGGACCAGGUCUGCUGUGUACGGCUGGUUUUGUGCAGUAGUUAGGUAAAAUUUCAUUUCCUUAUAAUGUUUCUUUAGGACUAACCGUGUAAAAAUAAUUGCUUUUAUAAAACCCUUUAGUAUAGACUUAAUCUAAAUCUAGUGAGUCUGGAUUGUGUAAGGCUGCUGAAAUAAGCAGAUUUUCUUCCCAAUACCAGAAAUGAACAUACGCUUUCAGGAAAAAAAAAGAUUGCACUCAAUUUCUGGAUCAUCAUCAUGUGCCAAAAGGAUGGCAAGUGCAAAAAAAGGAAUUGAAUGUUGAGUUGUAAACAUUAUACGACAUCAAGUACUGCAGUUUAUCCUCUGGGUUUGGUCUUUUAAACUCAUAUUUUACAAACUAGCAAGCUUUUAUUGUAUCAUAGUUGCAUAUUUGUAGGGCUUCCUUGAUUGUUUUGUACUUCCAAAAAAAAGACGGUUUUCUGCUAUCAGAGAAGGGAAAGUUAGCAGACCAAUGUUGAAUUGAAAACUUUCCUCUAGUGUAGAUUUCUGUCAGUUUAGCACCCUUCUGAAUUUAAUCUGUGUGAGAGUGUGUGAGAGAGAGAGGAACUGUUAGGGGCUGUAUUCAAAGGAUAAUCUUGUAGAAUCUUUAUAAGGAUUUUUUAGUGAGAAGUUUUUCAACUAGUAUCAAAGCAGAUUCAUUCUUUCCCUUUUAGCUCCACAGUGUCUUAGGGAGACCUUAAGGCCCAGUGUAUUUUAUAUACCCUUGUAUGGCCUGAUAGUCAGCAGAAGCUGUGUCUGUGUGUGUGUGUGUGUGUGUGUGUGUGUGUGUUGGGCGAAUGAAAAUUCUCAUGUAUGCUGAAUGGUGCUGCACUAAAAUAUUCUCCUUCAAAUUGUGUUCAUACUGGGAUGGUGAAUUCUUUUCAGUUGAAGAACAUUUCCUUCUGGUUAGUAAUGGGCAAUAGAAAGUUUGGGUCUGAGUAAUUGGAUUUCAAAUGCCAUGGUUUUUGGUAGAAACCCCAGUAGCAGUGUGUAGAAUGUGGCCUCCCUGACUCUGUCUGCAGUCAUCUGGAUAUUUGGCUCUGUUGUAGGUGACCAUUCCACCUCAAGUUUCUUGUGACUUUUUUGUUUAACUUUUAAAAUUGAAUAUAACUAAUGACAAAAGGCUGAUCUAACCUUUGAUGUAUAUAUCAUCUUGGAAAUACAGUUCUUUAAUAGGAUCACAUAGUUCAUUAAAGACUAAUUUUGUCUGCCUUCUGUCAUACGUACAUGAUUUAGCUAACAUUUUACCCUUUGUGUACAACCAAAGUAUGGAACAUUGUCAUGUCCAACGAUUCUUUUUUCAUCCUGGGAGCCUAAACGUAGCCUGGCUGAGCUAGGUCAUAGGGACCCCAACCUCAUAAGAUAGAACCUUUCUUCACAGCCACUGCCUUCAACUGUUGAGAUCUUUUUUUCUUCCAUCUCUUUCAGUCCUGCUUCAAGAAGCAGACCUGUGGCUUCCACCUAGUGAGGUGGCUUAUCCGUGAUUGUUGUUGACAGCACCAGUACUCCCUCCUUUAAAGCAAACCUUGAAGAAGGUGACCUUUUCAGGAGUUCUGUGCUGUGACACUAGAUGAGAUUUGUACAUAUGUCUGCCAAAGAAGGUGUUUGAAAAACUCUGGCCUAAGCCAACAAUGCAAACCAGUUUCAAAUAAUGUACAUUUGGGGAAAAGGCCACUCCCUAUUAUACCAAGAGGGUUCCUAUUAUUGUGGAUCGAUAUAUUUAUAUAUCAGUGUUGCACUUUGAACCACUUGUAGUUUGACUAAAUCCUUUUCCCCACAUCCAUUUCUCCUUUUAAUUAAAGAAACAUAAUAAUUGGACCAGGCUGGCUCAGAUAGCAUAAUUUUAUAUUGGCUGAUAGAAAGUUUAUAAUAUUAUGGAAUUUAUUUGAUUCAUAACAGCUGGGUUUCUCCUUGUGAAGCAAGAUUAUGGAAAACAAACUCUUUAAAGCUCAAGGCUUUGGCAUUCAUAUCUAGUAGAUCACAAAAAUAAUAAUAAUCCAUGUGAAUCCAGUGUAGCCCCAGUUGUUUUGGUUGAAGAUGAUUUAGCCAUAAAAGGAGUACAUUCUGCACUCUUCUUGGUGUGAUAGUGAGCAGUUUGAAUCUUUAGAAUUAUGUACACAUACUCACUUUAUAUAUGAUGUAUUUUUUAAAAACCAUGAAAUCAGUUUGUCUAAAGUAUAUAUGUGUAGUAUUUUAGCUUAGUGUACCCAUUUCCACAUUAUUUAUUAAAUUGAUCUAAGUCACUUUCUCAGUGACACUUCUGUCACUUAUUCAGUGACAUUUGUUGCAUAGUAAUAUACAAGAGUGCAAUGUGUAUUCCUUUAGAUUAAGAGUUUAUUUGCAGUAAGCUCAUUCUAAAAUGUAUCUGUGCCCUUUAUUAAUAUGUCAGGGCUUCGUAGGGUUGGGGGGGGGGAAUCGGGUGGAGAGGAGUCUUAAUUUUCCAAUCGAUAUUUGGAUAAAAAUGGCCUCAUUGUGUGUUUUAUUUAUAUAAUAUUUUGCUUUGUCACAGGUGCACUUAGUGGGAUUUUUGUAUGAAGUAGGUUAUGUUAAGCCUGAGCAAGUCCAAGUUUUAAAUGAACACACCCCACUGGGGAGUAACCAUUGUACAACCUUAUAGAGUCUAUGACUAGAAUUCCUCAAUUCUUUGAAACACAGAUUUCAUUAUCUUUAGCUUUAGUAUAAAGUAUGGUGGAGAAGUGGGUUUUUCCCCCUAGUAAUAGGUAAUAUAGAUCCAGACUAAUUCUGCAUUAAAGUAAAUGAUACAUGAAUUAAUAACUCCCUUCCAGAUGACUUGAGAGUAAAUUGUGACCAACAGUUUACAUUAAUCUGCCAGGGUUUUGGUGAUUUCUAAAGUGCUUGUCUCUUAUACUCAGCUAAUGGAGAACCUGUUUGGCUCUCUAGAGACCAGAACUAAACAGUUAGUUGCAAGAGCAGAAGUCACCUGUCAGAAGAUCAUUGUUAAGGCUGAUUUUAAAGGUAAAGUAUUUCUUACUAAGCUCCAUUAGAUCUCUAGACCAACAGUUCAGUUGAAGAAACUUGAUGCUUUCACCACAAGUGGUCAAGCUGGGAGUUCAGGCUAGAUGCAAACAUAGACUUUGCCCUGUGAAAACCUUAAAGUUGCAGACUGGUUCUCAUGCUUUUAAAUAACCUUUGGAGGAUAAGCCCAUUAAUCUUCUCUGUGCCAUUAUUCAGCAUGUCUUAAAAUGAGCAAGAAAAGGCUGCCCAGAAGUGUGGUUUAAUUAUAACUGUUCACCUUUGAAAUUCUCUGCCUGUUUUAUUUCAUCAGGAAAAAAGUGACCGGAAAUGCUGCCUUUCAAGUCUAUGCCAUGAGGGCCCAUAUUUAUUCCACUAGCUGGUGAUGUAGACUUUCAAAAAAUGUCCCUGUUUUUGUGACUUUAUGCAUAACCCUAGCAAAUUAUUCAGUUGAGCAUUCAUCAGUAUUGUGGCACUCACUAAUUGAGUUGACUUCAUUGAUAUGAAUGCCUAAAAGUUCACCUUCUAAGACCAGACAUGGUGUUAGCAAGCAUAGCUCCUACGAUUUGUAUCUGGUCUCCCUUUUGAAUGAUUUGUAUAUGGAGGAUGAAGUGCUUAUAUAUUUAUUGAAAAUCCUUUAUCUUAUUUGAAAUUAUAAUUAUUUGGUGAAUAAGGGUUUAAGGGUUUUUUUUUGUUGUUUUGUUUUUAUUUGUUUUGUUUAGGGGAGGGAUGUUGAUGAAGGGAAGCUGGGAAGGGUAGCUAACUUGUAAGUCCUGGUUGAUCCUAAAGAAAAGAUAUUGUUAGUGAUUGACAGGAUGUCUUUAUUUGUACAUGACUCAAGUCCCUGUUUUACAUUUGUUUUACCCAAAUUAUUUAGGCAUCUGGUAUUUUCAACCAAAACUUAAAAUACGUACUGUGAGUUGUAUUUGUUGCAAUACACUUAAAUUUCAAGGGAUAGUUUGGGGCUCAGAAGUUAGGAUUUUAAAGUCAAUAUGUGCAUUUCAUGUAAUAAAGCUGUUAAUGGUGAGCAAAGUAUUAUAUACUAACUAGAUUUUUCCACAUCUGUAUAGUAUAUUCUAUGUAUUUUGUGGUAUUGAGAUUAUAGAAAGUUUAGAGUGUCUGAAACAUGCAUUUAAUGUGUAUUUUUAAACAAAUUUAUGGCAAUUAAAAUAUUUGGAGAAAAGGGUAUCACAUUUCAAUUUGUAAAGAUCUUUUUAACUACUGUGUCAUUAAAUGCUUUGUAUAAUGCAAAACCAUAACUGGAAAAACUUAAGUUUAAUAAAUAUCAAAUAGAUUUUUCUGUAUUAAA